AUGAAUGGGAAGAGUUUGAAGGUUCUCUUUCUGGGUCCCCAAGGUACAUAUUCCCAUCAAGCAGCAUUGCAACAAUUUCAAUCCAUACCCAAUGUCGAAUACCUCCCAGCAACGUCCAUACCGCAGUGCUUUGACGAAUUAGAGGAAGAUGUGACUGUCGAUUAUUCAGUGGUGCCAUUGGAGAACUCUACCAACGGACAGGUAGUUUUUUCUUAUGAUCUUUUGCGGGAUAGGAUGAUUCAAAAAGCUCAAUCUUCAACUACUUCUGCAAAGACUAAUAUGAUAACGUCAGAUAUAGAGGUUAUAGCCGAGCAGUACGUGUCUAUUACCCAUUGUUUAAUCAGCCCUAUCGAAUUGCCAAAUGGUGUCGAGUCACUUGAACGAUUUAAAGAAGUGGUAAUACACUCGCAUCCUCAAGUUUGGGGCCAAGUUGAUGGUUACUUGAAAUCCCUGGAGGAAAAGUUCCCGUCGCUCACAUUUACCAGAUCUGAUUGCUCCUCAACAUCAGAAUCGGUACACCAAUGUAUGCGUUCGCACGCUGCCAGUGAUGACAACAUUUUGCAUUUAGCCAUCGCCAGUGAAACAGCAGCCCAAUUACAUAAAGCGCACAUCAUUGAACAUUCAAUCAAUGAUAAACUCGGAAAUACAACCAGAUUUCUGGUAUUGAAGAGGAGGGAAAACACAAGCCGUUAUGAAUUCGAGAGCACCGAACUACCGCAAGUUAAUUUGCUAACUUUCACUACUCGUCAAGACGAUCCUGGUUCUCUAGUAGAUGUUUUGAAUGUACUCAAGAUUCAUUCCCUUAAUAUGUGCUCCAUAAACUCCAGGCCAUUCCAUAUGGAUGAAAAUGAUAGAAAUUGGCGAUAUUUGUUCUUUAUCGAAUAUUAUACCGAUGGAAAUGCCCCAAGGAAUAAAGAAACAUUCUAUGAAGAUAUCAGUGAAAAAAGUAAACAGUGGUGCUUAUGGGGUACAUUCCCCAGAAACGGGAAGUAUUAUCAUAAAUAA